AUGCCCGCCAGAUCGGGCGCCUCGUCCUCCAGCAUGCAUACCGCCACCUCGUUUGGCUCGAGUUUCAUGGAUGCCUCGCCCACCCGCCAAUCGCCCAACCGCACCACCGCCCUCCGCCCACACCGCGAGUCCCUCGCCCGCGACCCCUACGAGAGCCCAUCCCGCAAGCUGGCCCUCGAGUUCAAUCUCCGCCUCAGCAUCUCCGACAGCCAGUUCAACGAGCGCCUCGACCACGAUGCUGCCGAGCGCUCCAAGCGACACGCCCAGCAGCUUGCCUACGCGGCCGAGGAGCACGAACGCGUCUUCCGCUCCGCCAAACUCGAGAUUGAGCGCCUGGCCCUCGAGGAGGAGCACGCCCGCCUCCGCCAUGAGGAGAUGCAGCGGAGAGAGAUUGAGCGCCUGAGGGAGGAGAAGGCGCGCGACGAGGAGGCCGCCCGUCGCAGGGCCCUCGAGGCCAAGCAGCGCGAAGAGGAAGCCGCCCGCCUCGCCGCCGAACACCAGAAGAAGCUGCACGAGGCCGAGGCGAGGAUCCGCGCCCAGCGCGAGCACGAAGCCGCAGCUGAGCGCCAAAAGAGAGAAAAGGAAGAGGCGGAUCGAAAGGCCGCCGAGGCUGCCGCUGCUGCAGAGAAAGCUCGCCAGCAAGCUUCGCAGCAGCAGCAGCAGCAGCAAACACCCCAGCCUGUGCCCCAGCCUGUAGCCGCUCCUACACAAGCGGCUAUGCCCAAACCAGCGACUAGCUCCCCAGCACCGCAAAACAAUUUCGAGCAAUUACACAACCAGUACCUCCAGCUCCACCAGCGCAUGAAGGAAUUCCGCACGGCAUUCUGGGAAGAACACAAGAAGCCAUCCUCGCCUCUCAAGGGCCCCGUCGGCGAUGCUCGACGCGCCCUCCGCACUCGACUCGGCCAGAUCAAUGUGGAGCGAAAAGACAGCGCGGCCGCCAUCAAGCGGCUACGAACAGAGUGUUUUGAUGUCGCCUUGGCUACCCCGGGCCCUGUGAUUGACAUCCGGCCAUACAUUGUUUCUCACCAGAUCCCCCAAUUAGCAAACGAAAGCGAUGCCGCAUACCCUGCCUUCUUGCUCUACGUCUGGAUUUGCUUUGAAAAGUUUCUCGUCAAGCAGUUUGAAAAGGAGGCGGCAAAUACAGACGGGCGUAUCAUCCAAGAAAUUGGCCUGAUUGCCGCCAGCUUGUUUGGAGACCAAAAGUACAUGUGGAACGGCCUCCCCCUUACCGAUAUUGCCCUAGCCAAGCUACACAAGGCCUGCCCACCACUCUUUGGCAUCCGCGGCACCAUGGACACAAAAGAGGGCCGCCUACGGUUAGGGUGGCGGGAAGACUCCACCCCCGAAUCAUAUGCCCAGCGCAUGCGUGGCAUUGGUGCUGGCUACGCAUCCAUGUCUCUGCGCUCGUUUGCGUCCAAGACGCCUGCCAUUGCCACCUCGGAAUACUGGCGAGCAAUCGUGUCCAUCUGCAACACCCCGCCCGAGCACCUCUGGCCCGGGCAUUUCGCCAUUCUCAGCGGCCUGAUCCGCGACUACUACCGGAAGUUUCUCCAGUUCUACGGUGUCCCUGCUCGUGGCGUCCUCCGUCGCGCUGUCAUAGACCUCCCUGCCCGAGCCCCUGCGCGCUGCAAAGACGCUGCCAGUACCAUUGCCGUGCUACGCGAGAACUGGAAGAAGGAGAAUUUCCCAUUGGAUUAGAAUUAUAAAUACGAGGGAGAAGAGAAGAAUACCCAGUGGACUUUUUGGAGUCAGGAUCUUUUUUCUUUCUUUCUUUCUCUACUCUUGUCUGCAUUGGACGGCGCUUAUCGUUAUCGUCAUGACCACGGGCCAAUGGCUGUGUAAUGGGACUGGCUGCAUCUCCUAUCUCGUGUUUGCCACUAUAGACGUCAUGUUUCGGCGAGGUAACAUACAUGCUUGGUAGUGUGUGUGGUGGGGGGCGCACACUUGGUUAUCACAUGCAAUGAAAUGACAGUCUUCUGUCUCCAGAACUUGGGUGGUUUUAUUCUCCGUUUUUUUUCUGGUGACUUUUUACGAUGAUUAGACGACGUAAUCGUAUGAGGGGGGGAGGAAACCGGAUUCUAUCAUGUAUUUAGUAGUGAUGAAAUUUUGAAUAGACUUGAAGAAAAAGAAGAAGAAGAAGCAGAAAA